UUUUCACUCUCUUGAGAACAGAACGAAGUUUCCAAUUCAAGUCAUGGAUGUACACACUUUUAGCAGGAAACUUUUAUUAUUUCUAUUACUUUGUAAUGUACACCUUUAUUGUAAUACAACUGAAAUUUGCUCCAACAGCAUUAUCCCUGGAUCAAAAGGUGAUCCAGGUGACGUGGGAACAAACGGUGAAGAGGGCAGAGUGGGGAAAACCGGUCCACCUGGCCAGCGAGGCCUGACCGGUGAAUAUGGAGAAAAAGGAGAAAAGGGCCAAAUGGGAAAGAUGGGCCCUAGGGGAACGAGAGGUGACAAAGGACAACAAGGAAUUGAUGGUCUCCCAGGGUUAAAAGGAAAACCUGGUACGACCUGUGACUGUGGGAGGUACAGAAAGGUUUUCAGACAGAUGGACAUCAAUAUAAGCAAACUGAGAAAUGCGGUCAAGUUUCUUAAGAACGUGGUUCUAGGUAUUAGGGAGACUGAAAACAUGUUUUACCUGCUGGUGACAGAAGCACGGAGGUAUGAAGACUCACUUCUAAACUGCAAGUUGCGUGGGGGGUCUCUUGCCAUGCCCAGAACUACAGAGACAAACACCUUGCUGGCCAACUAUAUCAGAGAAGCUGAUCUUACUCAUGUGUUCAUAGGACUACAGGUAGGGGUGACAGAGGUGGGGUAUGUGUAUGUUGAUGGUAACCCCGUCUUGAAUACCACAGUCUGGGCUCUGCAGGGGCCACACAGCAGUAAAGGUGCCUGUCUGCAGCUUGGUAGUACCGGAGGCUGGAGCCAGGUAGAUUGUGGAGCCACACAGUACUACAUAUGCGAGUUUGUCAAAAACAAAAACACUUCAGCAACUUAAGUCUUGUAAUGGUUUAAUGGCCACAGAGGAAAAUAAUUUGUAUUUUUAAAUCAUCAUUUAAAAUAUGCUAUGGUAAUGUACAAUUGGCUUUAUGCCCAGCUGCACUACUUCCUGAACUUCAGCCAGCUCCUUGUUUCCUGUCUGCUAUUAUUGGCCAAAUUGAUUAAUCCAGGUGUGCCUGACCUCAGUAGUCAUGGCAACAAUAAUCAGACACACCUGAAUUAAUCAAUUUGGCCAAUAAUGGCAGAUAGGAAACAAGGAGCUGGCUGAAGAUCAGGAAGUAGUUUAGCUGGGCAUAAAGCCAAUUAAAUGUCAUAUAUCUUGUCUCAUGUUGGCUAAUGUGUUUUUGUUUUGUUUGUUUUUUGUAAAAAUGUUUUGAUGUUUCUGAUUUUAUGAAAAUUAUCCACCACCAUUAAAAUCACUUUAAUUAAAUAAAAAGUAAAUAGGAUAACAAGGGA